AUGAGCCGGCCUCCAGCAACAUCACGCAAGCUCAGGCGUAUGCUGGUGCUACUGGCGCUGUUCUUGACGUGUCAGCCAGAGCCUAAGACCGGCGCUUUGAACAGUGUCAGAGGAGGUGUUCGCGAGCAGCUUCAGGCAAGCAACGCAGACGGCGAGGGCUUUGCUUGGAGCUGGGGCCGUGCCGUUUCCAAGGCUGAUGGCACUUUGGAUGGUGGUGAGGCCGAAGACAACGAAGAUCCAUGUUUGGAGGCUUCUUCAGCAAAGGAAGAGGUGGAAGAGGCGACGACCCAGGCCAAAGCAGGCUUCGAUCAGGCCCAGUGGCUGCAAAAAACAGCUGAGCAGAUCCGGCAGUUUGGCGUGGACGAGGUCAGUUCUUGGGUCCGGGCGGCCUUGGAAGCGGAUAACUACGCGCACAAGGUGCAGGAGAUCACGGAGAUUUUGAAGUCCGAAGAUGUCAUGGGCACCGCGCUCCUAAAGUUGACUGCGGAGAAGAUGCAAAAGGUUGGCAUUCGCCUCGGCCCAUCUGCAGUCCUGGCCGAGCGCAUCGCUGCUGUGUCUGCCCCGCCGACGGCAGCGAGCGGACUCCAGGCCGGGGCCUUGAACAGAGCUGGCUCGUGA